AUGUCCGACGGUGCGCAUCUUGUGACUCCCCUCACUGACCCAUUACUGAUGACUCCUAUAGCCGAUAUUGAAGCUGUCCGGCGGCUCCAGGCGGAGCGUAAUGCCGCCGCUGCUGGCAAGAAUGGCUCGAAGACUUUUGAUCCCUCUGCUCAGCGCACUGACAACUCGACUAAGGCCUCCCUUACCGAAUCCUUCGACACGACUCUUUACGAACGGGAAGGGGCAGAUCGAUUCUCGGGCUACGAUACUUCGAUUGCAGUUGACGGUGGCGAUGAAGAAAUGGAGGAUGCGAACGGCGGCCACAACUUGGUUGGCCAAUACACCGCUACCAGAAACCAAAUCGAUGAGAUGGCCCGUGGCAACGGAGUCGAGGAGGAGGAUAUCUUGACAGGCCGUGAGAAAGCGGCGAGAAUCGCGGAUCGCGAAACCGAUUACCAGAAGCGCCGAUUCAAUCGCGGUGCUCUGACCCCGACUCGCGCCGAUGCCUUUUCCGGAGACUCAAACGUGGAGGGAGAAGGGCAGACGUACCGAGAGAUUAUGGCUGAGCGUGAGCUCCAAAAGGAGGAGGAACGUGUUCAAAAGCUGAUUCAAGAGAAGCGAGAGCGUGGCGAAGAAGUUCCCGAGCACCAGCCCACUCUCAAGGCCGUGGAAGACAACAAGGAGAACGACGAUGAUGGCUCAGCCGCCGCCGGACGCAAGCGAAAGAAGCGCUGGGACGUUUCAUCGGAGUCCACAGAUGCUACCAAGGCACCUGAAGAGUCUACCGAAGCGAAAACCAAGCGGUCGCGAUGGGAUCAAACACCCGUCCCAGGUGCGCCAGACGAAGGGUCCAAGCGACGUUCACGAUGGGAUCAAGCACCGUCCCUCACUUCUGCUACUCCGGUCGGAAACCAGGGACUUGCUACCCCGAUGCAUCCGUCCCAAGGUGGUUCCACUGCUCCAGCCGGCUUUGGAACUGAUUUAUCCGGCCGAGGUACUGACUGGACCGACGAGGAGCUUGAUAUAAUGCUCCCCUCAGAAGGUUAUAAAAUCCUGGACCCGCCACCAGGAUAUGCGCCAAUCCGGACACAGGCGCGCAAGAUGAUGGCGACUCCAGCGCCUGUUGCCGGAGCGGCCGGUGUUGGAGGUUUUAUGAUGCAGGAGCCUGAGAGCGUUCGCUCGAUGGGUAAGGAACUUCCAACCGACAUUCCCGGAGUUGGCGAUCUUCAAUUCUUCAAGCCGGAGGAUAUGGCUUACUUUGGUAAACUUAUGGAAGCUGGAGACGAGAGCUCCAUGUCAGUUGAAGAGAUGAAAGAGCGAAAGAUCAUGCGGUUGUUACUGAAAGUCAAGAACGGCACACCACCCAUGCGAAAGACGGCAUUGCGACAAAUCACAGACAAUGCUCGAAACUUUGGAGCCGGCGCUCUAUUCAACCAAAUUCUUCCUCUGCUUAUGGAGAAAUCAUUGGAGGAUCAAGAACGCCACUUGCUGGUCAAGGUUAUUGACCGAGUGCUUUACAAGCUGGACGACUUGGUCCGUCCCUACGUCCAUAAGAUUUUGGUCGUUAUUGAGCCCCUCCUCAUCGAUCAAGACUACUAUGCUCGUGUUGAGGGUCGAGAAAUUAUCUCCAACUUGGCCAAGGCCGCCGGUCUUGCCACUAUGAUCAGUACUAUGCGACCUGAUAUUGAUCACGUCGACGAGUAUGUUCGAAACACCACCGCGCGAGCAUUCGCAGUCGUCGCCUCCGCCCUGGGUAUCCCAGCUCUCCUCCCCUUCCUUCGCGCCGUCUGCCGCAGUAAAAAGUCCUGGCAAGCUAGGCACACUGGUGUCAAGAUUGUCCAACAAAUCCCUAUCUUGAUGGGCUGCGCCAUUCUUCCUCACCUCAAGGGCCUUGUCGACUGUAUUUCCGAUAACCUCAGCGACGAGCAAGCAAAGGUCCGAACCGUCACUGCUCUAGCUGUGGCUGCUUUGGCCGAGGCCGCCAACCCUUACGCUUCGAUGAGAUCCUCAACCCCCCUGUGGACUGGUGCUCGCAAACAGCGUGGCAAGGGUCUCGCUGCCUUCUUGAAGGCUGUCGGUUAUAUUAUUCCUCUCAUGGACGAGGAGUAUGCCAACUACUACACCAGUCAAAUCAUGGAGAUUCUCCUUCGUGAGUUUUCGUCUCCUGACGAAGAAAUGAAGAAGGUUGUUUUGAAGGUGGUGUCACAAUGUUCCAGCACGGAUGGUGUGACCGCCAGCUACCUCAAGGAGCACGUCUUGACCGACUUUUUUAAGAGCUUUUGGGUCCGUCGCAUGGCCCUUGAUCGACGAAACUACCGCCAGGUGGUGGAUACCACUGUUGACCUUGGACAGAAGGUUGGAGUUGGUGAGAUUCUUGAGCGCGUUGUCAACAACCUGAAAGAUGAAAGCGAGCCAUACCGAAAGAUGACCGUGGAGACGGUGGAAAAGCUAAUUGCGUCACUGGGAGCUGCGGAUAUCUCAGAGCGACUGGAAGAGCGACUCAUCGAUGGUGUGCUCUAUGCCUUCCAGGAGCAAAGCAUCGAGGACCUUGUCAUUCUGAACGGAUUUGGCACCGUGGUGAACGCCCUCAGCACACGAUGCAAGCCCUACCUCCCCCAGAUUGUAUCUACCAUUCUGUGGCGGUUGAACAACAAGUCUGCCACUGUCCGACAACAGGCCGCAGACCUUAUCUCACGCAUUGCCAUGGUUAUGAAGCAGUGUGGUGAGGACGCUCUUAUGGGCAAGCUUGGUAUUGUGCUUUACGAAUAUUUGGGUGAGGAGUACCCCGAGGUACUUGGUUCUAUCUUGGGUGCCCUGCGUUCCAUUGUCACCGUGGUCGGUAUCAACCAGAUGCAACCACCAAUUCGCGACCUUCUACCCCGACUUACUCCCAUUCUCCGCAACCGACACGAGAAGGUACAAGAGAACACCAUCGACCUAGUCGGUCGUAUUGCCGACCGUGGUCCUGAGUCCGUCAAUGCCCGUGAAUGGAUGCGUAUCUGUUUUGAGCUGCUGGAUAUGCUCAAGGCUCACAAGAAGGGUAUCCGUCGUGCUGCCAACAACACAUUCGGUUUCAUUGCUAAGGCUAUCGGUCCCCAGGAUGUCCUGGCUACCUUGCUGAACAACCUGCGAGUCCAAGAGCGUCAAUCUCGUGUCUGUACGGCCGUCGCCAUCGGUAUCGUAGCUGAGACUUGUGCUCCCUUCACAGUGCUCCCUGCCCUGAUGAACGAGUACCGAGUCCCUGAGUUGAACGUGCAGAACGGUGUUCUCAAGGCGAUGUCCUUCUUGUUCGAGUACAUCGGUGAGAUGGCCAAGGACUAUGUCUACGCCGUCACUCCUCUGCUGGAGGAUGCUCUUAUCGACCGUGACCAGGUUCACCGGCAGACCGCUGCUAGUGUGGUCAAGCACAUUGCUCUGGGCGUUGUCGGCCUGGGCUGCGAAGAUGCAAUGCUCCAUCUUCUCAACCUCGUAUUCCCCAACAUCUUCGAAACCAGCCCCCACGUCAUUGACCGGAUCAUUGAGGCCAUCGAUGCGAUCCGCAUGGCUGUCGGUACUGGCACAGUGAUGAACUACGUCUGGGCUGGAUUGUUCCACCCGGCUCGAAAGGUCCGCACGCCUUACUGGCGACUUUACAACGAUGCCUACGUGCAAGGUGCGGACGCGAUGGUACCCUACUACCCAGGUCUGGAGGCGGAUGGCCUGGAUCGACCAGAGUUGUCUAUCAUCAUCUAA